AUACCUUCUUCCCCGGAAUCCGUAACAAGUAACAACCGAUGGCUCCUUCUCUGGGCGGAAGUAGGAAGAGGAAGUCUUGUGAGUUGCAGAGCAAAAUGGAGAAAGGGCUUUUCAAGAAGGGAAGAAAGGUCGAAGCUUGCUUCGAUGAGCCAGGCAUCAGGGGUGCCUGGUUCACGGCAACUGUUCUCCGACCUCCGAGAAGGGACAAGAAGGUACAUCUUGAGUUCCAAAGUUUACUGAACGAAGAGGGAAGCUCAGAGCGGCUGAAAGAAAAGGUCACUGUGGUCAAUGUCAGGCCUCCACCUCCUCUUGAAUUCCAUCGGACCUUCAAGAUGAGUGAUGAAGUUGACGCAUUUCACGAUGAUGGUUGGUGGGAAGGAGUCAUUACCAAAGUUCAUGAUAAAGAUAGGUUUUCUGUUUACUUCAGAAAUAGCAAAGAUGAGCUCGUUUUUCCUGCAGCUAACCUGCGUCUCCAUCGCGAGUGGGUUGAUGGCAGCUGGGUUCCUCCAAUUGAAGAAAUCUACAAGAGUAAUGUGUGGAGAUCAGAGGGGAAUAACAUGGUAAAACCAGAGGGUCCAUCAAAAAAGUAUUCAUCAAAAUCCAAGAUAAAAUUUGAAAAGGGAACACAAGUGGAGAUCAGCAGUGAUGAAGAAGGUUAUGUUGGUGCUUGGUUUGUUGCAACCUAUGUCAAAAAAGUAGGGAACAAGUACUUGGUAGAGCAUAAGCACUUCACAACAGAUGAUGGAACUGAGCUAUUAAAAGAAGAGGUGGAUGCUCAGCACAUCAGACCUCUUCCUCCUGAGAUUUUAAUUGUUGAUCGUUUCAAACGUCUGGAAGCAGUUGAUGCUUGGUUUAAUGAUACUUGGUGGGUAGGUAUGAUCUCUAAAGUUCUUGACAAUUCGAAGUACAUAGUCUACUUCAAAAACACGAGAGAAGAAAUGGUGUUUCAACAUUCGUCUUUGAGGCUUCAUCAGGAUUGCAUUGAUGACCAAUGGAUCAGGGCUUCUAGGAUCUUUUUCUGGGGCUUGAUACUUGGCUUGCUUCCUUGGCAGGCUUAGACGUCGUGAUCAGGGGAUGAAGUGAGGGAAUUCUGCAUAGCAACCUUUCAUCGGGUGGCAUUGUUGCGCUUCCUGCAUCUUGAGACAUCGUUACUUAUGAUUCUGGAAUCCGGAUUUUUGCUAUGUGAUUACUGCAUAUCCAAUCCUUGGGUUAUAAGAGUUUCGAUCCCCUACAUAUUAUCUUGCAAUUCAUAUUGAAUUUAACAGUAACCUUGGCUUCUCUCCCUGAACUGUGACAAACUUGUUACACCAUCAAGGCAAGAUUCUGUGAUUGUUUCCAGUGGAAUUCACAGUGCAUAUUCCCAAGUCUCAAAAA